GUGGUGGUGGUGCUGUGGUGGUGCUGUGGUGGUGCUGUGGUGGUGCUGGUGGUGCUUUGGUGGUGGUGUUUUGUGUUGGUGUUGUUGGUGGUUGUGAAGCCGGAAUUUUGUCGGGACUGGACGGGGUUAAGACAUGGACGCGGACGGACUCCCCAUAGUCGGCACUGGGACGGAUUUGACCAAGGUUGGGGCCAUCAACCAGAAGCGGACGCUGGCGUUCCUCAACCACUUCAUCGUGCACACCACGCACUUCCUGAACAGGUUUUCGUGCGUCUGCGAGGAGAAACUGACCAACCUGGCGCUCCGUAUACAGCAGAUAGAAACCACUUUGAACAUCCUGGAAGCUAAACUCGCUUCCAUCCCUGGGCUGGAGGACGUGAAGGUGGAGACAUCAAACGUCGCAAACCCUGUACCUCAAGAAGCACCGCAACCUAGCGCCGUGAAUCAGCUGCCGAUUCCAGCCCAGCCAGUCCAAGCAGCACCCGGAGUUUCUGAGCAGCCACGGACUGAAGUGGCAGAGCCGCCUGCUGCUCUGCCAGAGGCUCCUCCGUCCAACGUUCUCACUGUGGCCAAGGACCCUCGCUAUGCCCGCUACCUUAAGAUGGUUCAAGUGGGUGUUCCUGUUUUGGCGAUCAGGAACAAGAUGAUCGCUGAUGAUCUGGACCCAGAGCUCUUAAACACUCCCGAUGCUCCUGUGCCCGACUCUGGAAUUUCCCAAAAGGCUGAGUCAGACUCGGGCGAAGCAAGCAGCGAUUCUGAGAGCGGGGGCUCCUUCAGUGACUGAAGUCCACAUUACGUUCAUAUGCAGCUGUAUUCUAGGGGAUUCAAAUGCUGUGUACGCUCUUGAAUGGAUGCCUUCAUUGACACCACUCGGCACACACAUAAAUCCACCCGCAACAAAUGUGCUUAACCUGAAUAUAAAUUAACUAUGCCUUAUAUUAUGCAGAACAUUAACCGUGUCACACACAGCCUACAGUUGCCUUGAUGGUGUACCCGUUUUUUUUGUAUUAAUGCACCGUCUUUGGUCGAAGUUUUUUUUUUCCCAUGUGCAGAAGGGAACAGUCAGUCAUUCACGCUGGGCAUACAUUACGUUUGGCAUACAUGACAAAAUGCAAAUCUACAGCCCUUUUUGUCAUUCCACUGCUGGAAGAGGACCUCCCCACACAGUGUAAGGUCAGUGCAGGUUGUUGAAGAAGGGGAGCAUCGACUUGGGAGCAAAGAAGUACAGGACAAUAAUGGAUUCUUCUGCACUGUCCCCCGCUGACAGGGUAGCGCCUCAGUCACGUACAACUCGCUUUGUGCGUAACGAUCGGCAAACACAGUCCAAGCUUUAAACCCUGCUUGGCUUCCAAAGUUUUGCCGAGUGAUCGGGGCACAUUCUAGGUAAAUGGGUCACAGGCUGGCUCAUAGCGUGAGAUUAAAAUCUUUUUUUUUUAAUCUUGAAUCCGAUCAGCCAUAUGCUACUAAUUUUGGUGGGUGCGGUUAUGCCUGUUUUGUUUAAACCAAUAAGUCUGUUGUGAAAUGCUUUUGGGGUCUUGUCCAAUUGAUUUUUUAAGGUUUAUCUGGAAAGAAUGUGUGAAACGGCGCAGGUGGUGGGUGUGUAAUGUGGAGUGUCCCAUGUGCUUACAAUGGGAAGAAACAUGAUCCUACCAAUGCGAAGUAGUAGCCUGGAGUGUGGCUCAUGUGUGAUGUCUGUCCAUUCUAAAUACUUGUAAAAAAUGCACUUUCACAGACCGCACAUGGAAAUCAUAUGUACAGUCUUACAUUUUACAGCACCAGGAUCUAAUGUAUAAUUUGUUAUCAUUGUUUAUAUCAGCAAAUGUGUAUAAUGUUCACUUUAAAUAAUUUGAUACAUCGAAUAAAGAUGUUUUACUGGGA